CUGUGUCGGCUACUGGAUCAUAACUGCUGAGGAGAGAGCAGCACAAGGAUCCUCCCUGGCGUCAGGCAGAGCUCUUCAGGGAGGUGGGCUCUGGGAGGGCUCCGUGCCUCUGCUCAGCCGAGCUCCAGCCAGAAGCCUUAGGAGCCACAGCAGGUGCAGAACUGCAGCUGCUGGCCAGCUCUCAGAGGGGAGCUGGACUCUUCCUGGGCUGCAGGAGCCAGGACAGCCAGGCUCAACUCCACCCGAACCAUGCCAGCCAACCUCACGGAGGGCAGCCCCGACUCCAAGGGCUCCAGCGGGACCACGCAGACCCCGUAUGCUUCCCCAGCCCUCUGCACCGAAACGGCGACUUUCACUGAAGUGGUGGAAGGGGAGGAGUGGGGCUCCUUCUACUCCUCCUUUAAGACUGAACAGUUGAUAACUCUGUGGGUCCUGUUUGUUUUCACCAUUGUUGGAAACUCCAUGGUGCUGUUCUCUACGUGGAGGAGGAAGAAGAAGUCAAGAAUGACCUUUUUUGUGACUCAGCUGGCUAUCACAGACUCUUUCACAGGACUGGUUAACAUCUUGACAGAUAUCAUUUGGCGAUUCACUGGAGAUUUUAUGGCACCUGAUCUCGUUUGCCGAGUGGUCCGCUAUCUGCAGGUUGUGCUGCUCUAUGCCUCUACCUAUGUCCUGGUGUCCCUCAGCAUAGACAGAUACCAUGCCAUCGUCUACCCCAUGAAGUUCCUGCAAGGAGAAAAGCAAGCCAAGGUCCUCAUCAUGAUUGCCUGGACCCUCUCUUUCCUCUUCUCCAUUCCCACCCUGAUCAUAUUUGGAAAAAGGAAACUCUCUAAUGGUGAAGUACAGUGCUGGGCACUGUGGCCUGACGACUCCUACUGGACCCCAUACAUGACCAUCGUGGCCUUCCUGGUGUAUUUCAUCCCUCUGACAAUCAUCAGUGUCAUCUAUGCCAUUGUGAUCAGAACCAUUUGGAUUAAGAGCAAAGCCCACGAGACUGUGAUCUCCAACUGCUCCGAUGGAAAGCUGUGCACCAGUUACAACCGAGGGCUCAUCUCAAAGGCAAAAAUCAAGGCCAUCAAGUAUAGCAUUGUCAUCGUUCUUGCCUUCAUCUGCUGUUGGAGUCCAUACUUCCUCUUCGACAUGUUGGACAAUUUCAGUCUCCUUCCAGACACCGAGGAGCGCUUCUACGCCUCUGUGAUCAUUCAGAACCUGCCGGCUUUGAAUAGUGCCAUCAACCCACUUAUCUAUUGUGUCUUCAGCAGCUCCAUCUGUUUUCCCUAUGGGCAGCAAACAUCACGGGAUUCCAGAAUGACAUUCCGGGAGAGAACCGCGAGGCACGAGAUGCAGGUUCUAUCCAAGCCAGAAUUUAUCUAGACUCUGGGGCAGUAGUAUGGCUAGUCUGAGCCCCAUCAGCAGUGCUGGGUCCGUCUCCACCUUGGGCACGUGCAUGGAACUUCUCCAUUCUGCUCCUUUGCACAAAGCAAACAUCCCAAUGAGUGUGUAUCUCCUACGUCAGCAAGUAUUGGCUAAUGUGAAGUUACCAACUGUUCAUGUCAGCCAGGAAAGAUGCUCCCUCCUCCCCAUGACUCCCAGCCCUCCUUCCCACUGGUCAGCACCAGAACCCAAUGAACAGAGACAUCUCUGGCCCAGGAUCAAGCUUGGGCAAGCAGAGGGGACUAAAGAAGCAUACUCGUGCUACGAGAGUCUUCUAAUUACAACUUUGGAUGUAAAUAAAAGACUUGUUAAAGCUUA